AAAAGCUUCUCUCUCUAUUUACUCUUCUCUCUUCACCGAACUUCCAAUUUUCCACGAUUCCAACGUCUUGAUCGAUCUCUGAGAGGUAAAAAAAAACAUGGAUAAUCCAACGGUGGAGGAUGAAGUAACGGCUAUUGUGGAGGAGAUAGCCGCGGAGAUUGAUUUGGAACAGAAGGAAGAAGAUGAGCUUGUUGUGAAGGCGCAGAAGCUCAUGGAUAACAUCACCACGGUUCCUAGUAACCCUAACCCUACUGUUCUCCACGCUCUUAGUCAUCUCCUAGAAGCUCAGGAGUCUUUGUUUAUAAAGGAGAAUGGGUUUUACUCAAAUGGUAGAAGUAAUCAUAUCAGUGGCAAGUUGUGUAAUCUCAUCCGAGAGAAUGAUGAGUUUUUUGAGUUGGUUUCAUCGGAUUUUCUUACUGAGAACACUUACUCAACUGCGGUUAAGGCAGCCUCCGUUAGGUUGCUAAUGAACUGCUCGCUUACUUCGAUGUAUCCUUAUGUUUUCGACGAUGCUGUUAUGGAGAAUUUUAAAAACUGGGUCUUGGAUGAGUCAGUCAAGUUUCCUGGUGAACACUCUGGCGGAAAAGAGGCAUCUGAUGCUGAAAUGUUAAAGACUUAUUCUACAGGACUUCUUGCUGUCUCUCUGACGAGUCGUGGUCAAUUAGUUGAGGACGUCUUGUCAUCAGGACUAUCUGCUAAGCUUAUGCAUUAUCUUCGAGUACGUUUUAUUAAAGAGUCAAGCACAAGCCGUAGAGAUGCCCUUCAUGCAACUGAAACUAAGCAUGUGUCGUUAAAAGCAAAAGAAGAAGGUCGAAGUAGGGUGCGGAGGGUUGUGGAUACAGUUGAAGGUGACCAUGUUCUUGAGGCAGACUCCGGUAGAGAGAUGGGACAAUCUGAAGGAGACUUUGAAACCGAUGGCAGAGAAAGAUGUAAUGUUUCAGCUGUUGUUGACUGUAAAUUGAAACCUGGAGAUGACAAUACAGGAAGAGAUGACCCUACAAGACAGAGAAUGAACCGAUCAAAAUCCAGGGGGAGAGGAAAGGUUAACGAAGGUGCUACUGAUACAGACGUUCUCUUGGCAUCUCCUAGAUCAAGUCGUGUGGGUGUCAGAGAUAGGGAUCUAUCAAAAAAUUCAGAUGUCAGAAAUGCAGAAGAUGUGACCACAUGUCUAGGGAAAAUGAAGUCUGGUUUUAUGGGGAUUGAAAGAGAUGAGAAUGAUGAGUGCUUUCAAGGUUGCUUGAUAGGAACCAAAAACAUAACUGAUCUAGUAAAGAGAGCAAUUGGAGCUGCUGAAACCGAAGCUAGGGCUGCGCAUGCUCCUGAUGACGCAGCUAAAGCAGCUGGCGAUGCUGCAGCUGAGCUUGUUAAAACUGCUGCUUUGGAGGAAUUCAAGUCAUCUGGCAGUGAAGAAGCUGCCGUGUCUGCUGCUGUUCGAGCAGCUACUACAGUCAUAGAUGCCGCUGAGGUUUCAAGAAAUCCCACUUGUGCUGUACCUGAUCAGACUGCGGAUUUAAAUAGCGUGGAAACUGAUGCACUUGCGGAUUUUGGUGAAGUUUCGCUUCCCGAUAUUGAAUCGUUGGCUCAGUUACAAGAAAAAUAUUGCAUCCAAUGCCUUGAGAUACUGGGCGAAUAUGUUGAGGUUCUCGGGCCUGUCCUCCAUGAAAAAGGUGUGGACGUAUGCAUUGUGCUACUGGAACGUACAUCCCAACUUGGUGAUAGUUUUACACUGUCGCCUUUGUUACCUGACGUGAUGAAGUUGAUUUGCGCUUUGGCUGCACACCGGAAGUUUGCUGCAAUGUUUGUUGACCGGGGUGGCUUGCAAAAGUUACUUGCUGUACCAAGGGUUACUGAGACCUUUUAUGGUCUCUCAUCUUGCUUAUACACCAUAGGCUCUCUUCAGGGUAUAAUGGAGCGUGUGUGUGCACUUCCAUCGGAUCUCAUACAUCAACUGGUUAAGUUAGCUAUCGAACUUCUAGAUUGCUCUCAGGAUCAAGCCAGGAAAAAUGCAGCCUUAUUCUUCGCUGCUACUUUUGUCUUUAGAGCCAUUUUAGAUGCAUUCGAUGCUCAUAAUAGUUUGCAGAAACUCCUUUCGAUUCUUAAAGAUGCAGCCUCAGUUAGAACUGGUGCCAAUUCUGACCGAUCAGCCCCUGAAGUCAUGACAUCCUCAGAGAAACAGAUGGCUUUUCACACCUGUUUUGCUUUGCGCCAGUAUUUUAGAGCUCAUCUACUUUUGCUUGUGGAGUCCAUUCGUCCUAGCAGAAGUGGCCGAGGUGGUGUGCGAAAUGUUCCCAAUGUAAGGGCAGCGUAUAAGCCACUUGACAUCAGCAAUGAAGCUGUAGAUGCGGUAUUGCUUCAGUUACAGAAGGAUAGGAAGUUGGGUCCGACUUUUGUCAGAACUCAGUGGCCUGCUGUCAAUAACUUUGUGGCGUCCUCUGGACAUGUUACCAUGUUGGAACUAUGUCAGACUCCACCAGCAGACCGUUAUCUCCAUGAUCUACUUCAGCAUGCUUUUGAUGUUCUUCGCAUAGUUUCAUCAAUACCUGAUGGCCGCAAAGCAAUUGUGAAUGCCACACUCAGCAACAAUCGUGCUGGCAUUGCUGUCGUUCUGGAUGCAGCAAAUAUUUCCAACAGCAUAGACCCAGAGAUCGCACAGCCUGCACUAAAUGUCCUAAUCAAUCUGGUCUGCCCACCACCAUCAUUAAGCAACAAGCCGCCUCUUGCACAAAAUCAGCAACCUGUUUCCGGCCAAGCCACUACCCGUGCUUCAACCGAUGUUGCUGCAGAUACUCAGUCCACUGGUAAUGCUCCGCCAACUCCUGUUGCACCUGCGUCUUCAGGUUUGGUCGGGGAUCGAAGAAUUUUCUUAGGAGGAGGAACUGGUUCUGCUGGCCUUGCUGCUAAGUUGGAGCAGGUUUAUCGUCUAGCACGUGAAGCUGUUCGUGGGAAUGAUGGUAUAAAGAUUCUGUUAAAACUUCUCCAGCCCAGAAUUUAUGUGAACCCCCCUGCUGCCACAGAUUGUCUACGAGCGUUGGCUUGCAGGGUACUUCUUGGUCUGGCUAGAGAUGAUACAAUUGCACAAAUACUAACUAAACUUGAGGUCGGUAAGAGUUUGUCAGAACUUAUUCGAGAUGCAGGUGGUCAAUCAAGUGGAACUGAUCAGGUCAGAUGGCAUGCUGAACUUACUCAGGUGGCCCUUGAACUAAUAGGGGUAUUGACAAAUUCAGGGCAUGCGAAUACACUGACAGCCAGUGAUGCUGCUACUCCAACCUUGAGGCGGAUUGAAAGAGCUGCCAUUGCAGCAGCAACACCUAUAACAUAUGAUUCUAAGGAGCUUUUGCUCCUUAUCCAUGAGCACCUCCAAGCAUCAGGUCUUAGUGAAACUGCUUCAGCACUGUUGAAAGAGACUCAGUUGAGUCCUCUACCCUCCCUGGCUCCCCCUUCUUCGAUUGCAUAUUCCGCUACACAAGAGGUGUCUACGCCGGUAGUUCAGGAACAGUGGCCCUCUGGCCGUGCUAACGGUGGAUUUUUGACCACCAAACCCAAAGUCUGUGCACAAGAUGAAGAUCCUAAUUCUAGAUGUAAUGAGGCUAUAUCUGCUAAGAAGAAACAUCUGGCUGCCUCGACACAGGAGACGUCCACGUCCACGCCAGUAGCACAGCAACAGUGGCCCUCUGGCCGUGCUAACGGUGGUUUCUUCCCCAGUAAACUCAAAGUCAAUACUCAUGAAGAAGAGCCAUCUGCAAAGAAGAAACAGUUGACUUUCUCACCCAGCUUUAGUUUGCAGUCACGAAAUCAAUCUUUCGCCCAGGACGCGCACCCUCAGUCCACGCAGAGAAUAGACAGUAGUUCAAAUUCUGAUCCUUCUUGUGCAGAUACAUCAGAAACUGCUGCAGAAUUAGUUUUGAAGAGCGACACUGAUGCCGACUCUCAGUUUAAGACCCCUACUUUUCCAAGAAAACGGAAAUUGUCGGAGCUUAGAGACACAGAGGCUUCAGCUUCAGGUAAAAGAAUCAAUUUGGGCGAGCUAGGACCACAAUCUCCAGCUUGUCGAACCACGGUUCGUAGGAGUUCAACCAUUGCGGAUGCUUCAGGUUUCCAAACACCAGCUUCAGCUUUAGAUGUCAACCAAUCUGGGAGCUCCAAGUUAGGCCUGAUGACACCUGCUUCUCAGCUAAGGCUUCCAAGCGAUCCCCAGCCUUCAAAUCCAGAACGGUUAUCACUAGACUCGCUUGUUGUUCAGUAUUUGAAACACCAACACAGGCAGUGUCUGGCUCCAAUCACAACUCUUCCCCCUGUGUCUCUCCUCCAUCCGCAUGUCUGUCCUGAACCUAAACGAUUACUUGAAGCUCCACUCAAUAUCACUGGCCGUCUUGGCACCCGUGAGCUUCAAAGUUAUUACAGUGGAGUCCAUGGGAGUCGCAGGGACCGUCAAUUCGUUUUCAGCAGAUUCAAAUCUUGGAGAUCUUACCGAGAUGAGAAUGCUCUCUUUACAUGCAUUUCACUACUUGGAGGUACUAAUCAUUUAGCAGUCGGUAGUCACGCUGGAGAAAUCAAGAUAUUCGACGCUAGCAGCGGAAGCUUGCUUGAGAGUGCCUCAGGCCACCAGGCUCCGGUAACACUUGUUCAGCCAUAUGUCUCUGGUGAUACUCAGUUGUUGCUUUCUUCUAGCUCCAGUGAUGUGCAGUUGUGGAACGCUUCUUAUAUAACUAAUGGGUCUAACCACUCCUUUGAUGGGUGCAAGGCUGCAAAAUUCAGCAACUCUGGGAGAUAUUUUGCAGCGCUCUCAUGUGAAGGAUCAACAAAAGAUGUUCUUCUGUAUGACGUAAAGACCUGCGUUACUUCGGAUAAAUUCACUGACACAUCUACUUCUUCUCGGAGUAGUCCAUAUUCUCUUGUACACUUCAGCCCUUGCGAUACACUAAUAUUGUGGAAUGGUCAUCUCUGGGAUCGCCGUGUUCCGACUGAGGUCAGCCGGUUUGAUCAGUUUACUGAUUAUGGCGGCGGUGGUUUUCAUCCUUCUCGAAACGAGGUGAUCAUAAACUCCGAGGUGUGGGAUUUGAGGAAAAUGAGGCUACUUCGAAGUGUACCAUCACUGGACCAGACAGCUAUUACGUUCAACUCAAGGGGUGAUGUUAUAUACGCAAUGCUGAGGAGAAACAUUGAGGACGUGAUGUCUGCUGUCCUCACACGCCGUUCGAAACAUCCGUUGUUUGCUGCUUUCCGCACUCUUGACGCGAUCAACUAUUCAGACAUUGCCACUAUACCUGUGGACAGAUGUCUUCUCGACUUUGCAACAGAACCAACAGAUUCUUUCCUUGGGCUGAUCACAAUGGAAGAUCAAGAUGACAUGUGUUCCUCAGCCAGGUUGUAUGAGAUUGGCAGGCGGAAACCAACGGAUGAUGACUCUGAUCCUGAUGAUGAUGGUGAGACAGAGGAUGAAGAUGAAGAUGAUGAAGACGAUGAAGAUGACUUGGACCGGAUUUUGGGACUAGCUGGAGACGAUAGCGGCAGUGGAGAUGAUGAUGAUGACGUUAGCAGUGAUGACAAUGAAGUGAAUAGUGCAAGCGAUUUUGAUGAUGAUGCUGGAAGUAUGUUCCUUGAAGGUGACUUUAUGGAGAUUCUAAGUGAUGGUGGUGAUGAUGAAGAUAGUGAUGAUAAUGAUGGUGGUUAUAUCCAAGGUUCCAGUGGCGAAGAAGAGGAUGCUCUGGACAACUUUCAAUCUUAAUGUUUUCAUCUUUAUCUUCUUUUGAACUCUACAGAGUCUCUUUAGAUGGAUUCACUACCCAAAGUUUUGUUGACAAGUAACUUUUGUAUUUUUCUUUUUGAAGUUUGUUUAUUAAAUGAUCAGUAAUUAAAGA